UUUUUAGGAUGGCGGCGGUCCAAUAGGAGGAGGGAUGAGAGACUUUUGGCCGGCAGCGCUGGUCUCCGGCCUUUGUCACACAGACCAGCAGGACCCUCUCCCCGUAUGGCAGGAUGGACAGGUCAGCCCCUGUUUUAACCAGCUCGUCCUCGGAGCCCUGCCUCACGCUGGGAUGGCUGUUUUCAGUGCCUGCUACCUCGGCGUGGCACGAAGCAGCCUCUUCCAGACGUCUCCUCCCUGCGGUUGGACGCUCAGGUUGGUCUGUGCUCUGAUGGCGGCGCUGCUCUUCACUGCAGACGUGAUCCUGGUGAGCCUCCUCCAGCAGGGGGACAUGUACCUGGACAUCCUGGCCGACAGCUGUGCCAUCCUGGCCUGGCUGGUUCACUUCAGCGCCAUAACGGUGCUCCAGAAGACUGCUUUUAGGAGAACCAGAGGACCCUCUUUGCUGCUCCUGCUGGUUCUUCUGUCUAUCCCAAACCUGGUUUUCUCUUUACUGUUUUACUGUAACAAUAAGGAAUAUUUAAACCUUUCAGAUCUUCUCAGAUUCAUACGGUUUGUGCUCACCUCAGUUCGGACGCUCCCUCUUCUAGUUUAUCUUCUAGCAUUUGUUUUCCCCUGUAUCAGUGAUGCUGGAUACACUUUGUACAUUAACGCUGUGGAUGGAUCGCCGCUCCUUCCAGAGAGCAGCCAGCUGGAUACGGGUGAGAUGGUGGCGGAGGACGGGAGCAGCUGCGUCUCUCGGCUCUUCUACCUGUGGCUGACCCCUCUGCUGAGGCGAGGGCAGCGAGGCGAACUCGACAGACCGGCAGAUGUUUAUCACCUUCCUCGAAAACUGCGCACCAGUGUGAUCUGUCGGUACUUCCACCAGUGCUGGGAGGCGUGCCGGAGAGGUGCGGCGGUGCAGAGCGGGCAGGAUCAGUGGCCCAGGCCGGUCAGCAGCAGCCUUCUGAACGGCAGCUGGAGUUCACACUACCAGGAGGAACCUCUGGAGCUAGAGGGCGACGUCAGGCUGCUAAGGGUGCUGCACAAGGCAUUUGGGCUGCGAUAUUACCUUCUUGGACUGCUGAAGUUAGUUGUCAACCUGCUGAGCUUUGCAGGUCCGCUUCUCCUCAGCAGUCUGGUUAACUUUAUGGAGGAAGAGGGGGCUCCGGUCAGCAGGGGCGUCUGGUGCGCAGUGGGUCUUUUUGCCGCCACCCUCCUCUCCUCCAUCCUCCGUAACAUCUUCGUCUUUGAGGUUUCCAAGGUGGCGCUGUCAGCUCGUGCCGCUCUCAUUUCAGCCAUCUACAGCAAAGCCCUGCGGGUCAGCAGCAGCAGCCUGGCCGGCUUCGCUCUUGGGGAGGUGGUGAACUUAAUGAGUACGGACAGCGACCGCGUCAUGAACUUCUUCAACAGCUUUCACGAACUGUGGACCCUUCCCUUCACCUUCUCCAUCACCCUCUACCUGCUGUACCUGCAGGUUGGGGUGGCAUUCCUCGGAGGGCUCGGCGUGGCGCUGCUGCUGGUCCCGUUCAACAAGUUCCUGGCCUCCCGUAUCCUUAGCAACAACAAACACAUGCUCAGGUACAAGGACAUCCGGGUCAAGCUAAUGACAGAAAUCCUCUUCGGCAUUCGUGUCAUCAAGUUUUACAACUGGGAGCCUCACUUCACUCAGAAAGUGGCCGACUGUCGCAAACAGGAGCUGUCUCACCUCAAGGCCCUCAAGUACUAUGAUGCCAUGUGUGUGUACACCUGGGCCGCUCUGCCCGUCGUCAUCUCCAUCCUCACCUUCGUCACCUACGUGCUGCUCGGACACCAGCUGACCGCAGCCAAGGUGUUCACCACGCUGGCUCUGGUGGGGAUGUUGAUCUUUCCUCUCAACUCGUUCCCCUGGGUGAUUAACGGCAUCCUGGAGGCCAAAGUGUCUCUGGAUCGAAUUCAGCGAUUCUUCAACCUGACCAACCAGGACCUGCAGGCGUACUACGCCCUCGUGUCUCCUGAAGACAGUCAGACGUCGGUUCUGUUGAAUCAGGGAAAGUUUUCUUGGCAGCAGCUCGACGAGAACAAAGAGAGAGAAACUGACUCUGGAGCUGCUAAAGGAAGUCUGCAGCUCCACAACCUCAAUCUACACAUCACAAAGGGCUCUCUGGUGGUCGUGGUGGGGAAGGUCGGCUGUGGGAAGAGUUCGUUACUGGCUGCUCUCACUGGAGAACUCAACAGGCUCAGCGGAGUGGUGUAUGUUGCAGACAGAGAGUGUGGUUUCGGUCUGGCAGCUCAGGAGCCGUGGAUCCAGCACGCGUCCGUCCGGGACAACAUCCUGUUCGGCAAAGACUAUGAUCCAUCCUUCUACCAGGCCGUGAUCGAUGCUUGCGCACUCUCAGACGACCUUAAUGUUUUGCCGAAUGGUGACAGGACAAAAGUAGGAGAGAACGGAGUGACUCUGAGUGGAGGACAGAAGGCACGAGUGGCCCUCGCCAGAGCUGUUUACAUGGACAAAGACAUCUACCUCCUCGAUGACCCGCUGGCUGCGGUCGACUCAGACGUGGCCGAACACCUCAUGCAGAAAUGCAUCGUUGAACUCCUCAGAGGAAAGACCCGAGUCCUCUGCACGCACCGCGUCGAGUUUGUGGACAAAGCGGACUCUGUGAUCCUCAUGGAGAACGGGACGAUCGUCAAAAUGGGCUCACCAGCAGAAAUCCUUCCUCUGGUCGAGGCGGUGCCGAAAAAACGGAAGAAUGACCAGAACACAAAAGAGAAAGCAGAAGGUGUGGAGCAGGAGGAGGAGGAGUCAGGCUCACCUGCUGAUCUGUGUGCGGACGAUGACGCAGACCUCUCGGGGGCGGAGCAGAAACAGGCGGGCGGGCUGGCGUGGAAAGUUUACCGCAUCUACUGGCUGUCUGUGGGCGGAGUGCUCACCGCCUCCAUCCUGAUAUCUCUGCUCCUCAUGCAAGCCUCUAAGAACAUUUCCGACUGGUGGCUCUCACACUGGAUCUCAGAGCUGAAAAACAACGGUUCUACUGGGAGGAAUGGCUCCUCCUCAGCUGCCUUCAGUUCACCUCAGCUGCUGCUUUUCUCACCUGGAGGCCUGAUGUCUCCUCUCUCCUCGCUGCAAACGCUCCCUUCGACCAACUUGAGCUCCGACGUCAGGUUUUAUCUGACAGUGUACGGCUCCAUCGCUGGAGCCAACACUGUCUUCACCGCCAUCCGAGCCUUCCUGUUUGCCUACGGAGCCGUCUGCGCCGCCACAGCCAUCCACAACAGACUCCUGGAUCGAGUCCUUAAGGCCACAGUGACCUUCUUCGACACCACUCCACUGGGUCGCAUACUCAACCGCUUCUCCUCAGACUUGUACAGCGUGGAUGACAGUCUGCCGUUCACCCUGAACAUCUUACUGGCCAACAUCUUCAGCCUGCUGGGCAUGCUGGUGGUGAUAAGCUACGGCCUGCCCUGGGUCCUAGUGCCCUUGCUUCCUCUGGCUCUGCUCUACCACCGCACUCAGCACUUCUACCGGCACACCUCUCGUGAGCUGAAGCGCUUAUGCAGCCUCACCCUGUCGCCCAUCUACUCGCACUUCUCCGAGACGCUGACCGGCCUGGGAACCAUCCGGGCCAGUCACAGCUCUGCCAGGUUUGAGGAGGAAAUCGCCAGGCGUCUGGAGCAGAACCAGCGCUGCUUGUUCCUCAGCAACGCUGCUAUGCAGUGGCUGGACAUCCGCCUGCAGCUGAUUGGUGUCGCUGUGGUGACGGGCCUCGGGGUGAUCGCUGUGGUCCAGCACCAGUUGGAUUCAGUUGAUCCAGGUCUGGUUGGUCUGUCUCUAUCCUACGCUCUGUCCAUCACAUCCCUGCUGUCUGGCCUCAUAUUCAGCUACACUCAGACAGAGAUGCAGCUGGUGAGCGUGGAGCGGACUGAGGAGUACUCUACCGGCCUGCCGACCGAAUCGCAGCAUCAAAACACUCAGUUGCCCCCGGCGUGGCCUGAGCAGUGCUGGUUGGAGUUCCGUAAUGUGGUUUUGGUGUACAGGGAAGGUCUUCCUAAUGCUUUGGACGGGGUGAGCCUGGUGGUGCGACCCGGAGAGAAAGUAGGCAUUGUGGGGCGAACGGGCUCUGGCAAGUCCACCCUGUUCCUGGCCCUGUUCCGUAUGGUGGAGCUCAACCAGGGUCAGAUACUCCUGGAUGGGCUGGACAUCAGCACUGUGGGUCUGGCUCAGCUCAGGUCCAGGUUGGCCAUUAUUCCUCAGGACCCCUUUCUUUUCAGCGGGACUAUCAGGGAGAAUCUGGACCCCUGUGGGCAACACAUGGAUCAGCAGCUGCUGGAUGUUCUGGACCAAUGCCAUCUCAGCUCUGUGGUUAACAGGAUGGGUGGUUUGGAUGCUGAGGUGGGAGAGAAAGGAAAAUCCUUCUCAGUGGGACAGAGACAGCUGCUGUGUUUGGCCAGAGCUCUGCUGACUCAGGCCAAGGUUCUGUGUAUCGAUGAAGCGACGGCCAGCGUGGAUCAGAAGACGGACAAACUGCUGCAACAGACCAUCAGAGCAAAGUUUCAGGACAAAACCGUUCUCACUAUCGCUCACAGGAUCAACACCAUCAUGGACUGUGACCGGGUGCUGGUGAUGCAUGCUGGGAAGGUGGCGGAGUUUGACACACCUGCUGCUCUCUGCCAAACCGACCAGUCCAUCUUCCAGAGGCUGGUCGGAGGGAGAGAACAGUGAGAUGAACAAAACAAA